GACCUAAUUGAGAGGUCAUCGGUUAUCCAAUCAAAUCGUUUUUAUCUCAGGUCAAGUCGUUACGACACAGGUCAACGCGAUACGACACUCGUGUGACGUACGAGAUUAGUAUGCAACUACCGAUACGUUGACCAAGUGGGUAAUAAAUUGUCAUACCACGCUGUGUUGUCACGUGACAUGUUCAUAUUCAGUGGCGAGACAUCCAACCAGCCGAGUAAGACAGCAUUCAGGAACACUAUGGCCUCUGUGGAAGUAAGUGGAGACAACUCCGGAUUUGUUGACAACUGGCAAAGUGGGAAGACCUUGGCGGAGUGUAAUCUCCACAUGUUGACCUCUGAGGAUUCUUGUGACGUCACCUUCCGGGUUGGGAAAGAAGGGAUGCCAGUCCGAGCUCACCGAUAUGUUCUGAUGAGUCGGAGUUGUGUGUUCUACGCCAUGUUGUGUGGCCCCCUGGCGGAGAAAGAGGACAUCAAGAUCCCCGAUGUGGAGGAGGAACUAUUCUCUGAAAUGUUGAGGUACCUGUACACAGACAAGACAACCCUGACUGCUGAGAAUGUGACAGGUCUGUUGUACCUGGCCAAGAAGUACUCCGUGGGGGGUCUUGAGCGUCUGUGUGUGGUUUACCUGGAAUCGUCCCUGACGGCAGAGAACGCCUGUGUCAUCUUGGAACAAGCCCACGUCUUUGAUGAGGAGAAGCUCUUUGACAGGGCUCUGGAGCUUGUUGUCAAACAUGGUGCUACCACUGUUAAAAGCUCUGGCUUCACAUCACUUUGUGCUUCUUGUUUUCAUAAAGUUGUAAGUGCAGAUUAUUUCUUAACAAAUGAUGAAACUAGUUUCAGUGCUGCCCUCUCGUGGGCCGAGUCAGAGUGUAAACGCCAAGAGGAGUCAAGUCCGGAAAACAAACGCCUAGUUCUGGGAGAAGCAGUGUAUAAUAUUGCCUUCACCUCCAUGGACACGAAGAUGUUUGCAAAAACAGUUGUACCGUCAGGGAUAUUAUCAAGUGAUGAAAGUAACAAACUUUUGUGCUACCUGAUCUUAAAUGAUACUGAUGUGGCUCCUUUCAAAAUGAAGCCAGAGCUUCACAUGGGGGUCAAUCUGUAUGCAAGUCAAAUUCAAUCCGGAACCAGUCAACAGGAUUCUAGCAUCAUCAUCACAUGCAGCAAGGACGUGCGUAUGACUGGUGUCUGGGCAUAUGGUGACGGCAGCUGCAAAUAUACCAAGAGAGUCAAAUAA